AGAAGAGUGUGAAAAGCUCACAGUCCUGGCAGAGCAAGAGGUUGUUGCAGAGGACGAGGAAACAGCAAAGCUGGAAAAGUGUAAAACAAAACUAAAGGAAGCAGAGGAUCUUAAAAUUAAACAAACUGCGGAUUUAGAGAAAGCGAAAGAAAGUUUGAAAACUACAGAGGAAUCAAUUGAAAAGAAUGAUAAAGAAAGAGACACUUGUGAAGAAGAGAUAAAAGCAGCAAAACUAAAAAAAUGUCGAGAAGAGCUGAGAAAAUACAAAGCAGAACGGGACGACAAGAAAACAGAACUGGCUGAUUGUCAGAAAGAAUUGAAAGCUGCGCAAGAAAAAGCCUAUGAUAAACUAACACCAGAAGUGAAAAAACUGAUCAUGUUACAAGACGAAAAGAAAGCGUGUGAAAUAUCACUGGAUAAAUUAGAAAAGGCGAAUAAGAAGCAAUUGGAAGAAUUUGAGAAGGUUGAUGGGACCUUGAAAGAAAAAGAGAAGCUACUUAUUGAAGGAGAAAAAGAACAAACCUCUUGCCAAGCAAGACUGAAAGCUGCGAAAGAAGGAAAAGAACCAGACCAAGCAGAUGAAGCCAAACCAAGAGAGGAAAAGAAACCGGUGGAUGUAAAGAAGAAAGAAGAGGAUGAUCUAAAAGAAAAAAUCUCUGCCCUCAAAGCGGAGAUUAAAGACAUAGAAAAAGAAAUAGAAGAGUGUAAAAAGCUCACAGUCCUGGCAGAGCAAGAGGUUGUUGCAGAGGACGAGGACACAGCAAAAUUAAAAACAGAAAGUGCAGGGACAGAACUGGAAGAGUGUAAAACGAAACUAAAGGAAGCAGAGGAUCUUAAAAUUAAACAAACUGCGGAUUUAGAGAAAGCGAAAGAAAGUUUGAAAACUACAGAGGAAUCAAUUGAAAAGAAUGAUGAAGAUAGAGACACUUGUGAAGAAGACAUAAAAACAGCAAAACUAAAACAAUGUAGAGAAGAGCUGAGAAAAUACAAAGCAGAACGGGACGACAAGAAAACAGAACUGGCUGAUUGUCAGAAAGAAUUGAAAGCUGCGCAAGAAAAAGCCUAUGAUAAACUAACACCAGAAGUGAAAAAACUGAUCAUGUUACAAGACGAAAAGAAAGCGUGUGAAAUAUCACUGGAUAAAUUAGAUAAGGCGAAUAAGAAGCAAUUGGAAGAAUUUGAGAAGGUUGAUGGGACCUUGAAAGAAAAAGAGAAGCUACUUACUGAAAGAGAAAAAGAACAAACCUCUUGCCAAGCAAGACUGAAAGCUGCGAAAGAAGGAAAAGAACCAGACCAAGCAGAUGAAGCCAAACCAAGAGAGGAAAAGAAACCGGUGGAUGUAAAGAAGAAAGAAGAGGAUGAUCUUAAAGCAAAAAUCUCUGCCCUAAAAGCGGAGAUUAAAGACAUAGAAAAAGAAAUAGAAGAGUGUAAAAAGCUCACAGUCCUGGCAGAGCAAGAGGUUGUUGCAGAGGACGAGGACACAGCAAAACUGGAAAAGUGUAAAACAAAACUAAAGGAAGCAGAGGAAUCAAUUGAAAAGAAUGAUAAAGAACUAAAAAAAUGUCGAGAAGAGCUGAGAAAAUACAAGGAUAAUGAUGAUAAAGCUUUAGAAGCAGAACGGGACGACAAGAAAACAGAACUGGCUGAUUGUCAGAAAGAAUUGAAAGCUGCGCAAAAGAAAGCGUGUGAAAUAUCACUGGAUAAAUUAGAAAAGGCGAACAGGAAGAAGUUCAAAGAGCUAACCACUUGCCAGAAAAGACUAAAAGCUGCGAAAGAAGGGAAAGAACCAGACAAAGCAGAUGAAGCCAAACCAAGAGAGGAAAAGAAACCGGUGGAUGCAAAGAAGAAAGAAAUAGAAGAGUGUAAACAGCUCACAGUCCUGGCAGUUACAUGAGGUCGUCACUUGGUGGUUCUGUUUCUCUCGGCUUCUUUUCUGGCUGCCCGGCUCAAGGGGGCAAAGUCAGCAACAGGCAAUGAGUGUAUUCUCACGCAGUGCUUAAUGGAUUCUUUGCUUGGGCUUUAGAGCAAGAGGUUGUUGCAGAGGACGAGGACACAGCAAAACUGGAAAAGUGUAAAACAAAACUAAAGGAAGCA